CACGAUCUCUGAAUCGGCCUAUAACCUCAUUUCUCGAGUCAGCCGCAAUCACGUCGAUAAAUGCCCCUCACGCCAGAAGCAGAUGAGUGAAAUGAGCUCCUACCCCAUCCCCCAAGUCACGCGAGUCUCAACCGCCAGUCUGCGCAAAUUCCCUCCAAACUCUGGGGACACCCUCUUCCGGAUAUCAUCUUCCAAUCACAUAUCACUUCGCUCGGCAACUCAAUGGUUCGCAGCAAUUAUUCUACUGCUCUCGGGGACCGUCAUUGCCAUAGAACAUCUCUCUUUCAAAAGCGCCUCUUUCCACCGCCGCCAAGUCUAUAACUCCCCUACCGCAGCACCAGCAGAGAACGAAAGUCCAUCUUCCUCGUCAUCCUCGAAUUAACACGGAUGUCAAGCUCUCAGCUAUGCUUUACCAACAAGCGCUAACGAGCUCUACCUGCCUUAUGCCAUGCUGCAAGACGCAAUCCAUCCGCCAACUCAAUUAAAAUAGGUCGACGGUUUUACAGCACUAUCCUGCAA